GGGGCUGCGUGGCUGGCAGGCCCGGCCCGAGGGCAGAAUGAGACGGAGCCCAUCGUGCUCGAGGGCAAGUGCCUGGUGGUGUGCGACUCCAACCCCACGUCGGAUCCCACGGGCACAGCUCUGGGCAUCUCGGUGCGCUCCGGAAGCGCCAAGGUGGCUUUCUCUGCUAUCAGGAGCACCAACCACGAACCGUCCGAGAUGAGUAAUCGCACCAUGAUCAUCUACUUCGACCAGGUACUAGUGAACAUCGGGAACAACUUUGAUUCAGAACGCAGCACUUUCAUCGCCCCGCGCAAAGGGAUCUACAGUUUUAACUUCCACGUGGUAAAAGUCUACAACAGACAGACCAUCCAGGUGAGCCUCAUGUUAAACGGGUGGCCAGUGAUUUCAGCCUUCGCUGGCGACCAGGACGUGACGCGGGAGGCCGCCAGCAACGGAGUCCUGAUUCAAAUGGAGAAAGGCGACCGAGCAUACCUCAAGCUGGAGCGGGGGAACUUGAUGGGGGGCUGGAAGUACUCGACCUUCUCCGGAUUCCUCGUGUUCCCCCUCUGAAUGGCCCAAAGCCUGGAUGGAGGCCGGGAGAGGGGGGAAGGCAGGAGAAAAGGUCUGAAAUUAAGAGGGCGAGAAAGUAGCACCACUUGAAACUUCCUACACGUUCACUGGCUGUAUCUGGGCAAAAAUGUGCGCAUCUGCGGUUGGACAACUUGGUCCAUUUCCUUAUUAGGAGAAGUAAAUUCCGCUUAGCUCUGCGCACUCACAUUUCCAAAAAUAAACUCGCCUCCCCAUUCCAGGUUCAGUAAUCAAGCAAGUGACUGCCUCGUCAUUGUUUCUGACCCCCCAAGUUCGGUUCCCAACAAUUUAUUUAAAAGAAACUUUGUACUUAACUAAUAAUGUAAAAAUCUCUCUCUCCCUCUCCCUCCUCUAAAUCCUUCCACUUAUUGAACCCUAACAUGUUUCCUCUUUCUUUUUAGUUUGGAGAGGGGGUAAAAAUUUUUGUUCUCUGUUUUUGCUUUGGAAUGGGGGAGGUAGUUUUAACUUGACAAGUAUUGCUCUUCUUAAAACACCGCUCAAGAGUUAAUUAGCCGAAGAUACUCUGUAUCCUCGGCUGCUUGCUAGCCGAGAAAGGACUCACCUUAGUGGUGACUGGUUUAAAAUAUACAUAAAUAUAUAUCAUUUGUACACGAAGAACUCUUCCCAGUGGAAACUGGCUGUAUUUCUGUAUUUCUAUGUCCUAUUCGGAGUGAUCGUGAAAUCUGAGGCUGCUCCAUGUUCUGAUGCUUGUCCAUGCCCGCGUGCUCUGUGGCUCCACAAGGAGGUUCUUCCGGACGCUUCCUCGUCCUCUGUAACAUACGUGUGAAUAGCCAAGAUUUAAUUUUGCUUUGAUCCAAUAAAGUCGAAGUGGGACUUUUAUUUUUCUGAAACAGCUUUCCAAACUCCGCGUCUUCCCCAGUUGUGAGGUCGCGGGGGCCUGGGGUGUCCGAAGGGCGAGCAAGAUUCAGAGACAGGAGUCUUGAAAGAAUGCCACCAGAGAAAGGCCAGGCGCAACGGCUUCUUGGAAAAGCCAGUCCCGCGCUUCUUGUACAAGGCCUAGGGCCAGCCCUGCCUUCGCCCGUGCUCGCUGCUUUGGCGCAAACGUUAAGAAAUCUGCCCGAGAUCGUGGUAGGCCAGGCUUCAGCCAUCGGCCUGGGAGUGAAGUUUGGGUCUUUCGAAUUCCAAACGCAUCAGGAAUCAUCCCAAUUCGAAGACCGGAACCCAGCCUGUCCGCUUCCCCACGCCUUCUGUCCCUGGAUGUCCCCAACCCUCGUCCGCUCCGCAGUUCCCAAAGCAGUGUAUACCACCAUUGGAAGCGGUUUUAUACCACCACCUCUGAAUUCCGAGUCCACCCGCUGGAUUACCCGGGUGCGCAGGACCGGUGUGAUUGCGCUCAUUUGCAAGACUUUUGUUCAAGAGGUUCGUCCAGGAGUUUUGAUUGUAUCGGAACACAAUGUGAAAGCAAAAUUGAAAUAAACGACUUCAUUUUAAGUCUGGAA